AAUCGUGGAAUAGAAAAGGAAGUGGCAACUGGCAAAGAAUGGUGGUGAAGGAAACUCUGCUACUACUGAAACUGUUCCUGGAACAUCGACGACCCGUUCUCCGUGGGCCGACACAGACCGGUUAAGAUUAAGCCGCCCCUACCCGAAUCGGAUCGGCUCGGCUCGGCGGUCUUCAUCUCUGCCACUUAACUUAUUCACGAGUGGGUAGGGCGCACUGCAACACACAUUGGAAGCAACCCUCUCAGCUCAAGAAAUCACUGUUUGUGUUUGUGUUCCUCGGCACCACAAUGCCUUUCAUCUCCAAAAUCCAGCGCCAAUCCGAUUACAAUCUCUUCAGUUCCCACACUCCCAUAGUAAUCGACAAUGGCGCAUCAUAUUUUCGAAUUGGAUGGGCAGGAGAGACCGAACCCCGUGUUGUUUUCCGCAACAUCGUACAAAGGCCACGCCAUAAAGUCACCGUCACAUUCUGUAACACAGGAGAAACUGUCACUAUUGUGGGUGACCAUGAUCCGGCAUUACUGAAAUACUUUGACUGCACUCGCUCUGGACCACGCUCGGCAUUUGACAGCAAUGUUGUUUACCAGUUUGAAAUAAUGGAAUAUAUUCUUGAUUUUGGAUUUGACCGGUUGGGUGCAAAUGGAUCGGAGAUUGAUCAUCCUGUCCUAAUCACAGAAUGUGUAUGCAACCCAGUUCAAUCUCGUAGUAAGAUGGGGGAACUUCUUUUUGAGACUUACGGAGUUCCAUCAAUAGCCUUUGGUGUUGAUGCAGCAUUCAGCUAUAAAUAUAAUCAACAACAAGGAGUUUGUGCUAAAGAUGGUCUUGCUUUGUGUCCUGGAUUCACCACAACCCAUGUGAUUCCAUUUGUAGAUGGGGAGCCUGUUUAUAAAGGAAGCUGCCGUACUAAUAUUGGUGGAUUCCAUGUGACUGAUUAUUUAAAGCAACUUCUUUCACUUAAGUAUCCAUAUCAUUUGACUAGAUUUACAUGGGAAAAGGUUGAAGACCUAAAGAUGGAACAUUGUUACAUUGCACCAGAUUAUGCUUCUGAAGCUCGGUUGUUUCAGAAAGGAGCCAAGGAGGCAGAAGAAAAAACCAGAUGUUGGCAGCUCCCUUGGGUUCCACCCCCGACUGAAGAGCCUCCUUCCGAGGAAGAGAUUGCAAGAAAGGCAGCAAUAAGAGAGAAACAAGGUCAAAGGCUUAGAGAAAUGGCUGAGGCAAAGAGGUCAUCUAAAAUAAAUGAACUGGAGAAUGAAUUGCAUGGUUUGGAAUUUCUUUUGCAUCAGCUUGAACAAGUGGAAGAGAGUGAUGUUCCAGCUUUCCUGGCUGAAACUGGCUAUGUCUCUAGGCAGGAGAUAGAAUCUGCGCGUAAUAAAGUUAUGCAUUCUUUACGUAAAGCCAAAGGUGAACCAAAAACUGAACAAAUUGACUCUGAAAAAGCUGACCUUGCCACUAAUGAGAAGUAUUCUCUUAUAAACAUCCCUGAUGACAUGUUGACACCAGAACAGCUCAAUGAAAAGAAGAAACAGUUGUCCCUCAAAUCCAUGUCUGAAGGGCGGCAGCGAUUAAAACAGAAGCGGUAUGAAGAGGAAUUGGAACGAGAGAGGAAACAACAGCUAGAGGAGGAGAAACGCCUAGAGAACCCGGAGCUUUAUUUGGAACAAUUGCAUGCUAGAUACAAUGAUCUUUCGGAAAAAGUUGACCAGCAAAAACGGCUCAAGACUAAUGGUGGGGGCCAUACAAAUGGAAAUAAUUUGUCUGGUGGUGUUGGCCGUGGUGAGAGAUUGAGUGCUGCUCAGAGGGAACGAAUGCGCCUCUUGACAACUGCAGCUUUUGAUCGAGGUAAGGGUGAGGAUACAUUUGGUGCCAGAGAUGAAGAUUGGCAACUGUACAAAUUGAUGAGCAAAGAUAAUAAUGAUGAUGAUGAGGGACCUGAUGAGGACGAGGCAGAGCUGGCCCGCAUCUCUUCCAGGCUCCAGGACCUGGAUCCAACAUUUGUACCCAAGUUAGAAGCUAGUACCUCUCAACCUGCUGAGGUGCCGCGUUUUCGUCCUCUUACCAAAGAAGAUUUUCAGAUUGUUAUUGGGGUGGAAAGAUUUAGAUGCCCUGAAAUAUUGUUUAAUCCAAACUGGAUUGGGGUUGAUCAGGUAGGUUUAGAUGAGAUGGCUGGGGUCUCAAUGAGGAGGUUACCAUACAAGGAUGAAGGCUUGGAAGAGAGACUGACUAGUUCCAUACUUGUGACCGGUGGAAGUUCUCUUUUCCCUGGUAUAGUUGAACGCCUGGAAGCUGGAAUUCGAAUGAUUAGACCAUGUGGAUCACCUAUAAAAAUAGUUAGAGCAUUGAAUCCAGUAAUGGAUGCAUGGCGUGGAGCUGCUUUCUAUGCUUCAGCCUCACAGUUCCAUACGCAAACUUUCAGUAGAAGUGAUUAUUAUGAAAAAGGUGAAGACUGGCUUCGCAAUUAUCAACUGCAAUAUACAUUAUAGUUGAUCACGCAGUACAUUACUGUAUACUGACUGGAAUAUCUGACCUUAGUUUAGAGAUUAGUAUCCAGUAAUGUAAUCCUUUAUUUAUUCUUGCUUUUGCUGAAGCUCGAAGCGGAACAUCAAUGAAAGCAUGGUCCCGCUGAUGUUUUCAAUCUUAUGUACCCUAACACCUCGGUGAUUU